AUGUCUUUUGCUGCAAAAAUCAGAUCAUUGUAUGUAGUCAUCUUCCAACAGGGGAUGAUAAGUUUGCUGAAGUCCUUAAUUUGCACAGUAAAAGCCAAUUAUAUGGAUCUUCAACCAGAUACUGAUAAAACCUGGAUUUCAAAAUCACGGAGUAGUGUGAAAUAUAGGCAAGGACUGAACCAUUUUUUAGACUUUGCGUUUGCGAAUGCAUCCUCCGAUGGCAUGAUAAAGUGUCCAUGUCCUAAAUGCGGGUUUCAACUUAUGCAAACAAGAGAGGAUGCAUACGACCAUCUAUUGUUACGACCAUUUCCGCCUGGAUAUACUAUUUGGGUGCGUCAUGGUGAGAAGCCGGUUGAAGAGAGGCCUGGAUUGGGACGAGUAGAUGACAAUCUGAUAUCCCAAGUGAAUCAAAUGCACCAAAUGGUCAACGAGGCAUUCAAUUUCACGAUCCAACAUGGGAGUGAGGACAUCACAACAAUCGAACAUGCAAAAGAUGAUGAAGGCGUGUUACCGAGCCUGUAUGAAGGUCCAAGUCACGCGGCGCGAGAUUUUAACGAUCUACUGUCAGAUGGAGAACAGGAGUUAUAUCCCGGAUGCUCAAAGUACUCCAAAUUAUCGUUUUUAGUGAAAAUUUAUCAUAUCAAGUGUAUGUGUGGUGUGAGUGACAAGACAAUGACAAUGAUUCUUGACUUACUACGGGACGCAUUCGAACAAGCAAAACUUCCAAAGACAGUGUAUGAAGCCAGGAAGACAAUAAGAAAGCUGGGUAUUGAAUACGCCAAGAUAGAUGCUUGUCCAAAUGAUUGUAUGCUAUACCGAGGUGAUGAUGCGAACCUGACUAGGUGCAAGAAAUGUGGGUGUUCAAGAUGGAAGCAGAAGACCAAAAAGGGCUUUAUUCUUAGGCUCAACAUACCAGUGAAGAGAAAUGGAAAACUUAUAGCAGCCAAGACCCUUCGUUACUUUCCCCUCAUACCACGACUGCAGUGGUUAUUUAUGUGCAGCAAGACAUCGAGUGAUAGGUUAUGGCAUAAACAGGCGUCUAAUAACGAUGGUUUCCUUAGACAUCCAAGGGACGCUGAAGCAUGGAAAAAGUUUGAUGUAAAGUAUAAUAAUUUUUCGGCGGAUCCACGAAAUGUUUGCCUAGCCUUGGCGAGCGAUGGAUUUAAUCCCUUUGGGAAUAUGAGCACAAAGUACUCCAUCUGGCCUGUGAUUCUUAUUCCGUAUAAUCUACCACCCUGGAUUUGCAUGAAGCAGACAUCUUUCAUUCUAUCCACGCUUAUUCCUGGGCCGAAAAUGCCAGGUAACGACAUAGAUGUUUAUUUGCAGCCUUUGAUUGAUGAGUUGAAGCAAUUAUGGGAUGGCGUUGAAACCUAUAAUGCCAAAGAGGGAAACACUUUCAAGAUGUGUGCGGCACUAAUGUGGACUAUCAACGACUUUCCAGGAUUGGGAAACCUAUCCGGCUGGAAUACGCACAGUGGAGAUCCGCCAAAGAAGUUAUCUGGAACAGAUGUAUUGAGGCAGCAGUCUAAUGUGCACGUUUCAUUUGGGAAGAGUUCAAGUGUGACAUCUAAAAAAAGACGCAAUGGCCAGGAUACGGAUGAAGAUGAUUCACAUUGGAAGAAGAAGAGUGUUUUCUUUGACCUCCCGUACUGGGAGGAUCAGAUGUUGCGUCAUAACCUCGAUGUGAUGCAUAUAGAGAAAAACGUGUGUGAUAAUGUGGUCUUCACUAUCUUAAACGAUUGUAGCAAAUCAAAGGACAAUAUUAAAGCUCGCAAAGAUUUACAAUGCAUGGGUAUAAGGCUUGAAUUAUGGUCAGAGGAAGGUGGUAAAUAUCCUUCUGCAAUAUUUGCGAUGUCGAAUUCACAGAGGGAUAUUUUCCUGAAGACUUUGCAGAAUGUGAUAUUUCCAGAUGGUUACUCUAGUAACGUUGCUCGUUGUGUUGAUUUGCAACAGCGCAAGUUAUAUGGGUUGAAAAGUCAUGACUAUCAUAUUCUGAUGGAACAAUUACUCUCAAUUUUGGUGAAGUUCUCACUUCCGAGUCCGGUGUCCAAUGUGAUUGCAAAUUGGUCGUCUUUUUUCCGAGAACUUUGUGGGAAAGCCAUAAAUUCUAUGCAGCUUGCUGAGCUUCAGAAUCAUGUUGUGCAAACCUUGUGUCAGAUGGAAAUGAUUUUUCCUCCAUCCCUCUUCACCGUCAUGGUUCACCUCACCAUGCAUCUCGUUGAUGAGGUUACUCUUGGUGGACUCGUACAUUAUAGGUGGAUGUAUCCAAUAGAAAGGUAUUUAGGACGUCUGAAGCAAUAUGUUCGUAAUAGAGCACAACCAGAAGGCUCAAUUGCAGAAGGCUAUUUAUCUGAGGAAAUCCUGACUUUCUGUUCUAGGUAUUUAGAUAAUAUUGAGACUAGAAUCAACCGACCAGGGCAAGUUGACGAUGAGCCUGUUGACAUUCCUCACAAUUCAAGGGAGAGUAUCUUCCCAGCUAUUGGCAAGGCAUUAGGGGCAUUUUCGCAUUUCGAACUCACUCCAAUGGAAAAACAUCAAGCUCAUCGUCAUGUGCUAGUCAACUGCGAUGUCGUGGUUCCGUUCCUUGAGUAA